CUUUGGUGGUCAGUUGUUGUGUGACUGGAAGCCGCGUCGGCACGUUGGACUGGACCCCCCUUCCUUCCUCUAUCGAAUCAUCACGAGCUAACGAGAAAGACCCCCGAUCUUUUUCCCAACUCGAAAAUCGACGAUAUUACACAGUGACUGGCGCAUCGACAGAAUACUAUAUCUUCGAAAAAAUAACCGUCGAGUGAAAGAGAACAAGACUGAUAGCUCUCGGAUGGGCUGAGAUACAUUCCACCUCCCCAUUUCUCUUCCAUCCCCCCGUUGAUAAUCAGAUGCAAAACAAGGGAUCAUAAGGCAAUCAGGGCUGGUUCGUUUUGUUCUGGAAUUGGACGUGUGUUGUUGUUGUUGUUUCGACCGCUGCCGUCCGUAAAAGUUAAAAGAAACGGCCCGUAAAAAAACGGUGGAGAUUUGUCCUCCUCCUUGGCUUGUGUUACGCCUACCACAGCAACCCCACAGAUCUAUUCCUCCUCUUUUCCGUGUGUGUGUGGAGAAAACUGAUCGUCGCGUGGAAUCACCAGAGUUGCCAUUGCGUGUGAUUUGACCCAGCCGAUCAUUGCCCCUCGGGUUACAACAAUCCGGUGGCAUUCGAUGCAGCAGCAGCAGUGGUGGUAGAGAGAAAACCUUGAAGUCAAAGACAAAAAAAGAGAAGAAAGACAAAAGCAACGGGCCAUUUCGAAACGGAAAGAUGAGGCUCUUCCGGCGACGGACGGACGGCCAGCAGUUGCAGCCAGAGUCCAAUGGUGGUGCAGCAGGAGCCACUGAGGCAGCAGCCCUGUUGGUUUCCUUGGAUUCCAACGGCAGCGGAGCCGCCGAUCAGGAUCAGCUGAUUGCCAGCAGUCGCAGCGAAAGGGACACGCUGGACGACAACAAUUAUCAAACCGUCAAAGCUCUUCCGGCCAUGGUCGUCAUCAACUCGCCGAAAAGCCUCAAGCUUAAAGGCGGGCCGUCUACGUGGGGCAAGAAGGUCGGCCGCAAGUGGGAACAGAAUAAGAAAGUGGUGAAUCAGCCGUCAGCCAAUGUCAGCGAUUCGACUCCGCUGAUGGAUGGGCAGCAGCAGCAGCAGGGAGAAGGAGACGGACCGGUCGAACCAGUGCCACCACCACCACCGGCCAGCAGCUCGUCACCAACGGCGAUUCCACUUGAAAAUCCAUUUGCCCAGUCGUGUUGUGAGGGUGUGGCCCCGUCUGUGAGUGGCAAGAAACUCUUGCAGCCACAACAACAACAAAGAUGCCGUCCAGCUGUUGUAAACAACAAGACGGGCGCCAAGCGACGGGUCAGUCGCGUCGAAUCACUCCGCAACCUGUUUCUGCGCUCGUCAAAACCUUCGUCCUCGAUGAUGGCGCGUGCCGAAUCCAUCGCGGCAGGGCAACAACAACAGCAUCCACCUACGUCGCAGCAGGAGCCGUCAACUCCUCACCCGAUGAUGCUGGUGCUGGCCGACGCUCCGGACGUCAUCCAAGAGGCGCAAAAGAAAACCAUUUUGAUCCGGGAGAGUAGCAUCAGCACCAUCAGUGGCGGGAGUAGCAGCAGCAACCGUCUGAUGCCGUUACCCAAUCGUUCCAUCAGUUUGGAGAACGUGUCGGCCUCUUCGGGCGUCAUGGGGGACAUCCAGCCGGACGUGGCUGGGACGGUCAGCAAGAAGAGUCAUUUCCCUUAUUCUUUUAUUCGCUCACGUCUUCAUCGCCCUCUCCUCUCGUCCAGCUGCGAAGCCGAGGUGGAAACGGCCAGCACCACCGGCAGCAGCAAGAGCCACAACCACCUUCCAGCAUCGAAUCCAGUUGUUUCUUGUUCAAAGUCCGGCUCGGAAUUGAACGCCAACACGACCGCCAGCUGUGAUGAUUUGAUCAAAGAAUCUGCCCGUCAAUCUUCUCACCCGGAUCUGCAAUUGGCCUCCAUUCGCUACCGGAGUGUCGUCAGCGUCAGGCAGAAUCAGCAAGAGGAAACUUUCAAACUGGUCCGCCGGAAGAGGAGCUUUUCCCUGGCCGCUUUGCCGCUGUCGGCUGCCGAAGCCACGCAAACGUCAUCGGCCAACAGCCAUCGAUCGGAGGAGAGCGGAUAUGAAAGCGAUGCGACCCGCAAUGGAUACGAAUCGCCGCGACGGGCGUCGGCCGACAGCGGCAAACCGGAUCCGGCCAGCAGCAUUCACGUUUCGUUCGUGUCGUCGCUGAAAUCGGUGGAACAGGAACCGGAACUGGCCGGGCAUUCAAGACCGGCCCGCCCAACACCUACACCGACCAAGAACCGACCAAUGGAUCAUCUUCAGGCCGACAAGUUUUCGCUGGACGGAGAUUUUGACGUGCUGGAUGGACGAGUGAGCCAGCAGCAGCAGCACAGAUGCUGCAACUGCCGCUGCAACAACAACAGUCAACAGCCGGACGGCAUGCAGCAGCAGCUCAACAGCAGUCGAAAGGAACCGACCGUCAUGUUUGGUGUGGCCCAGUUGAGAACGCUGGAAACGGCCGGAUCGCGCAGUCCUAGACACUUGCCCGUCAUCAGCGACUCUGCACAGGCCGGCCGAUACGCCCGUUCCUCUUCGCUGGAUCGGAAAAAGUGGCUGCAGCCGUCGGUUUUGGUGGAAAUUGGAGGCGCGUCACACUUCAACGACGCCUUGAAUCACAUUUCUCUACCUCCCGGCUACGGAGCCCAGCACGUCACUCAACAUCCGCCGCGUCCGUCCUCGUCCUUUGCCUACGCCCCGCAGUACCAGACGCAGCAGCAGCAGCCGCCGCAAGCCCAGCCGCAGCAACCGCAACGACAAUUCAAAAUGUUGCGACUAGUCAAAGGAGAAACGGGCGAACUGGGCAUUUACAUCAAGAAGAAGCCCAGUCCCGAUUCGGGAUCGGUGGGUUAUGUCAUUGCCGGCAUCGAACCAGGAGCUUUGGCCCACAGGGAUGGCCGUCUGCAAAUUGGCGACGAGAUCAUCAACGUCAAUGGCUGUCGGCUGCGCGGAGUCGGACUUCAGGAGGCCCGCGACAUUCUCCAAAAUUCGCCCAAGGAGGUGGACAUUGUCAUCGCCCGGUGCAGCGCCGACGCCGUUGGCAGCAGCAGCUGCAGCAGCAGCGGUCGCUCGACGGCGACGACGGACGAGAGUUGCACGGACACGGCGGAGAACAGUCCGUCCCCUACACCGACGCCUCGUGUUUCCUCGCCGUCGCCACCUCGUUAUUACGAUCCGAACAUCCGGUCGUCGCCGGCCUUGGCCUCGAUCCAUAAACUGACGCAAGGUGACAUAACGACGGCGACGACGGCCGCGGUCCGCAACAAGACGCCUCAUCAUCAGCGUCGCUCGCGGUCGGCCCACCCGCAACGCAAAUCUAUGGGCCCGUUGAACAUGGCAACGGACCCGACGGCAACUUCGACUCACGGUCCUCCCGUCACGACCUCUACAAGCGAAGUGGGUUUGAGGCGACCCAAAUCCUUGUCACUGUUCAUCUACACCAUCACCUACGAGAAAGGGGCGGGCAAGAAGAGUCUCGGCUUCAGCGUCGUCGGCGGACGAGAUUCUCCAAAAGGAUCCAUGGGCAUUUAUGUCAAAACGAUUUUCCCGAGUGGUCAAGCAGCCGAAGAAGCCACUUUGAGAGAAGGAGAUGAGAUCCUGGCCGUGAACGGCACACCCCUGCAAGGCCUGUCGCACGCCGAGGCCAUAGCCGUUUUCAAAUCCAUUCGCAACGGUCAGGUUGUGGUUCACGCCGCCCGCCGGGACACGGCAAAUAGAAGCAAAUCCAAGUCGUGCGAUGAACUCGACCGCGUCGAAUGAGAAUGACAUGUUCGAAAAUGGGGAAAUUUGAGAGAAGAGAGAGAGAGUGAAGAAAACCCAUCAGCAAUGGCCAACCCUCGUCGGCAGCAGCAGCACUCUUCAGCAAUUUCACGCUCACAAAAUGAAAUGCUGUACACGGUACAUACGUAUACACUGUAUAUCUUUUUAAAUAGUCGUCUAGUCUCUGGGAACGUCAAAGGCAACGGGAGAAGAAGAAAAAAAAACCAAGACAAGAAGAAAAUGGAUGUGCAAUAAACAAAAGAAAACAGAACGAAGCAGACGCGCAAGGUUUUCUUUCAAAUCGUAAAACAGGUGGCUCACCCACCGUGCCCUCUCUCUGUGUCUAUGUGUGUGUGCUGCUAUUCACACAGAAGUUAACUCUCACUUUAGCACUUUUUUGUGACUCGGAUGUUUUACUUCGCUCAUUGGAUUGGGUCUCGGUUGUAACUUCACCGCGUGAAAUGCGACCCUCUCGCCUGUUACUUUUAUCGAAUAGUUUGUCAAGUGUCUUGUUGUUUUAAUAUCACGUUCGUUUUGUAACCAAAUUUUUUACUGCACUAGGCUAGAACUGCGCUUUUUGUAAUCUUGCAUACACAGUCUUGAAUUUUUUAAAUAUUUAAUGCGUGUUUGGUGUUGGGUUAAGCAUAAGCCCAUCAGGCGUCAAUUAUAGAAGGGUUUGCAUUGUCUUGUUCAUCUUUGUUUUUGGCUUAUUCGUGUGCGAGUAUUAACAGUUUUUCGUUCCAGUCCAGGGUUCUUUUCAAGUUAUUGUUUUGUAAUUGUCAUCAGAUUUCGUUUGACGUCCUGGACUACGCCCAGUUCCAUUUGUCAAUCGUUGAUUGUGGCUAUAAUUUAUACGCAAUCUGUUACACCGAACCAGAAUCUUUCUUCCCUUUUUUGAUUCAUUAUUUCUCGCUGUGCUGGUUUUGUUAUCCAUUUAUGUAUUUUUUUUUUAAAUAUCGUUUGCAUAAUUGAACCUGCACGAUGAAUGAGAAAUGAGAGAAGUGAAAAUCCACAUUUGAAUAUUAUUAGCCUACCAUCUAUCAAAAAACGAUGGGGCCUCAUUAUUUGCAUACCGAGUGCGCCACAUUUCUUUUUCAACUUCAUUAAAUAUUGCUUGAAAUUGUAA